AUGAUACAGACUGCGUAUAUUCGCUCCCAAGCGUCUAUUCUCAUUGCUUCUGAUGAAACAGUGGGUAGGACGUCCCGUUGGGUUCACUCCCACCUGAUCCAGGCCCUUGAUCCGAUCAAGGGCCGCCAGCUGAGGGCCUUCAAAGAUAUCCCGGCGGGCACUCGUAUGCUGGUGGAUCGUCCAUACGCCAUCAUUCCUGUCGUGGAUAACCCUGCCACAAACGAUGAUCUCCUCUGCAGCAAUCGAGGUUGUAAUUGUGCACUUCGUUUCAAAGUGAGCCGAGUAUCAUGCCCCCACGGUUGCGUGGCAGAUGUGGCCUGGUGCAGCAGUACCUGCCGAGACGCAGACAAAGCCUACCACAGCUUUGAAUGCAAUUGGCUCAAGCGCUAUGCAAAUUCAAUUCGCAAGAAAUGGGGCGAAUACGUCUUUGGCAUGUCGUGGCUGAUAGUGCGAAUGCUGGCCUCGCGGCACAUUGAACGCACGAUCCAGCAUGACACGGACACAAGCUCCACACAUGGUUGGAGGCACGAUUGGUGUGGCAUCGAGUUACUAUGCGGAUCUGUUGAUACCUGGUCUCAUGAACAGGUCCGAUCGUGGACCUUGUUGGUCAAAAAAUACCUGCAAAAUAGCGCUGUCCUCCCCCAUGGAUUGACGGCCCAGCAAGUGCUACAUUUGAUCUGUCAAGAAGAGGCCAAUUCGUUUGGUCUUUACCCCCGAGAGACAGGUAUCUACCCAUGUCCUCAGCCUCACAUCAAUCGAGGAGAACAGUUCGCUGCUGCUGUCUAUCCGCUUGCAGCCAUGGCCAACCACUCGUGUAUACCAAAUGUUCGCAAGCGCAUUGGUCUACUCACCCGGAGAAUUUUCGAGAUGGUUCUCCACCGGUGCGAGGAAUGCGGCAAAACGUUUAGGAAAACCGAACAUUACAAGCGGCAUCAACGAUCCCAUACGAAGGAGCGCCCAUAUGAAUGUCAAGACUGUCAUAAGCGCUACUCCCGCAGUGAUGUUCUCAGUCGGCACAGGAGGGCUCAUGCCCGUCCGUCUCAUGAUGCCUCUGGUUCUGCGGCACAGAAUGACCCUGCGCUGGGACCCAGCCAGCCGGCGCCAUUCCUCGUAAGCACACCGCAGCAAUUGCAAGGCCCAGAGCAUCAGGCAUCAUUGCCAUCAGCUGGCGGAUCCGAUGCACAUCAAGGCUCUGGAUCCAACCUUGACACAUUGCAAAACGAGGUGGUGCUUGAUUCUACCGGCGCAUUGCCAUCAUCGUUCGCCUUUCUCACAAACGUUUCAGUACAUCCAGGUCACGAGUCCCCUGCGAACGGGAUGACCUUGGGUGCGCAGCAACAGGCCUACCUGGAAUGGAAUAACAUGUCCGCAAUUGACCCAGCUCUUCAGCGGCACGACAUGUUGAAUCCGCGCGCUCAGGCUCGUACGCUAGAGCACCCAUUUCCCUCGCUAGAGCAAUGGCCUCGGCAAACUGCCGAGAGCAGCUCCCCGGGCGGCUGGUCAGAAAUAUGGCGGGACAGAGACCCCGGCGUUACUAGUGGAAGCGUGGAUCUAACUUCAAGCGACCAUAUCCGCAAUGUGGCCGGGAGAUAUCAAGCAGGUAUCCCCGUGGAACGCUUCGAGAAAGUAAAGCGCUGUUGGCUUGCGCCUCCAAACCUCACGGGGCGUUUGAUGAAUCGCUUGUGGAUUGACGUUGUCGGUAGCCCCUCAGAUAACUUGCUAUCAGAACCCGUUGAUUAUGCAACGGGGAGAAGCAGUCCUUUUCAAGAAUUCCAUCGCAGCAUCGAUGAGAACUGCAGAAGACGUUUCCAAUCGGUCGUCGGCCAAAAUUUCGCCUCCCCUCAACUUCAGUCACCCUCCCAUGAGAUGAAGUCAUCAUUGUCAACCGUGUCGUCCUCCGCCACUGCCAAUUCGUUCCCUCAGGCGGAGAUCUUCGACAUGGCUCUUGAUCUCUACUUCCGAACGUUCCAUUCUCUGUUACCUUUUGUGCAUCUUCCGACUUUCUCUGCUAAAAGCACAAGGACGCCCUUACUGUGGGUGAUGUGCCUGAUCGGUCUGAUGCUCAUGGGAACCGAAGGGGCGACUAGCUUUGUGUCGAAGAAUUUCAAACUCACACUCGAUACAAUUAUGGGCGAUUUAGCCCAAUGCACUGUGGGCGCUGAACAACCAGCAGCUGCUAUCUCAACCUUUGCCACUGCUCUCCUGUUCCUGAAUCUCGCUGUGUUGACUGAUGAGAGAACUCACCUCGAGCAGUGUCAAAUGCUUUAUGUCAAUCUCAUGACGAUUGCGCAGCGGCACGGACUAUUUGCUGCCAUCGGAGGCCAACCUAUCGAAAGUAGAAUGAGCGAUGUAUCCCCUGACCCCGAUACAGAAUGGAAAGCGUGGUCAAAGAUCGAGACUAUGAAGCGGAUUAUUAUCGGGUUGAUCCUCACAGACUCGUGGUAUUCCGCGCUUCUAUCUACGAGCCCGAUCAUUGUACCAGAUUUUAUUCAAAUUCAUCUACCCAGUGAUGAGUCCCUCUUCUCCGCGCCUUCUUCGAGUGACUGGAAACAACUCAUCCAUGACGGCAAACGAAACGUGAUGCCGACCGUGCUAGCGCCCUCUGAAAACGUUGACAUUCCCAGCCUUGAAGGGCACAUGGACGAGUUAUGUGUUCAGACUGUUCUUGCGAUCGUUCAGCUUCGACAGUCCGAGGCUUACCACCGCCUGCUGUCCAAUCGAACGAGCUCUCCGCUUGCACCCUGCAAUACCUAUGCGAUGGAUGGCCGUGCGCGAUGCCUUCCUUCCUUGGAAGCGCAGAUCAUCAACAGCUACGGCGAGGCGAUGGACCGAUCAAAUCCGAAUACGAUUGUCAUGUGGCACUACAUGUGCAUGACGCUGACCGCUGAUAUUCGAAUGUUCGAGUCUGCUGCAGGACGAGACGGUCCUCAUCCUGCCCAGAAAGCCCUUGACGAUAUUGCCCAAUGGUCGCGUACGGCAGCAGCUCGACGGGCAUGUCUUCAUGCAGCACAGAUCUACAAGGCCAUGUUUAAUCGCAAGGCAUCAGAGUACCCGAACUGUCAUUCUGUCUUUUCACUCUUUCUGGCCGCACUGGUUUUAGGCCUUUACACAUUCAUGGCCCCUCCGCCUUCUGAAAAUGAAUCGUCCAAUGUCGGAUCCAUCGAACUGAUGGGCGAUGUUAACUGGCAGCAAGUGGGCACAGAAGGAUUCACAAGCUUCUUGGAACCGCGUGGAAGCCAAUCCUACUCUCCUUCCAGUGAUCCGGCUGUGAGCUUCAUCCGAAAUGGAGGGACGAUGUACAUGCAAGGUGUUCCUAUCCAGGGAGGCUACCAGCCCGCACGGCGAGUCAUGCUCGAUUUUGCAAACCUGUUACGCAAUUCGGGGAAGUGGAGUGUCAAGAAGUUCUCGUAUGUACUUCAGAUUAUGAGCGAUGUCUUGAUGGAUGUUGAGUGA